UCUCAUUCCCCUCAAGCAACGCGUGGUUUCAUUUAUGCAUCAAUCAGACAUGAACAAUGAUGGUAAAAACAUCAUGGAGAUUUCCGAAAUUGCAAGCCAGAUCGCGCAGUACCUGGCCCCAGCCGAUCUCGCUAAUGCCUGCUCUGUAUGCAGCACUUGGUUCGUCCCAUUUGUAAGCGAGCUUUGGCGGUCUAUCAAACCUGAUCAGUGGACUCAUGAAGCCUUUCGGAAAGCUCUCCCACGUUAUUCACAUUAUAUCCGUGAACUACGAUGUGCCAUGUACGACCGAUUAGACAACAUUGGCCCGGAUUGUACGCGUUUAACCGUCUUCAAAGCCCCCGUUCUAUACGAGUCUAUCUCACAAGGAAUCAUCAAAGAUAUUCUCAAACACAACAUUAACAUUAAAGAGCUCUGGUUGGGCUCAGCGCUACCUAGUGAAAAUAUCGAUAUCACCAUUGAAUUUAUCCAGAUCCUCGCGAAGCUAAAAGAGCUAAGACAUUUAAGUCUAUAUUACUUCCGUGUCCUGCCUGGAUGUUUAGAGUUUCUGCUGGAGCAACUGCCCAACUUAGAAUCGCUACAUCUCGGAGAGUGGGUAGAGUUCACCCAUCCGAGCCUGAGUUUCAAUAUCAAAACCGGGCUGUUACAAGGAUCAGCAGAACCAUCGGCUGUGGAGCUGGAACCCAGAUUACAACGACCACAAUUACAAAACAAAAUAUCCCUUCAAUUGCGUUCGCUAUUCUUGGACGGGUGUCAGCAUUCUUAUGUAUCCAUCCUCAGAAUCGCCUGCGUUAGUCCAAAUCUUGAGAGUAUCUCCCUUUCAAAUUCCCUCAUGCCGGACUCGCUUUUUUUGAGAAUGUCUACUGAACUCGACCGGUUUGUUGAUCGACUUUCAUCGUACUGUCCACGGCUUGAGUGCCUAGGAUUAAAUGGGAUUGAGAUUGACUUGGAAGGGCUGGCUUGUCUCCUCAAGGCAUUCCCAAGUCUUAGACGACUAGAUUUGGAAGAUGUAGACAUUGAAGAUCGCCAUGUACUCACGUUGAUCCUUCGUCAUCGUCCCUAUCGUCAGUCACUUGAGGAAAUCCGCAUUUACUCUCAGACAGGCAGAUUCAUGGGCCGCCUAUCCUCUCAUGCUAUUCUUUGGAUGUUGCGAAGGUGCCCGAAUCUUAAAAAAGUGUCACUGCGACAGGCUUUGAUCGAAGCAACAGAGCUUGCUGAUCUCAGCAGUAGUAACGGUCUGCUCGAGUUUGCAGAAAUCAAUGGAGAUGGAGCCGACAUUGAUGCUACAUUGUCUGAGAACAUGCCCGAGGGUGAUAUUUAUUACCAAGAUGGGGUUUUAGUCUGCCGAAAUUUGGAAAUCCUCGAGACAUGUAUUUAUGGGCCAGAUAAAAAAUGGGCGCCAUCCGAAGCCCUGGUCGAGGAUAAUGUAUUUUCUGAGUAUGAUUGCCAGAUAAGACAAAGACUGUAUGACAUACACGUUGGCCUGGAUGAUAGUGAGGAUCCUGAAUCCACAACAGGAAGCCUAGGAGGGUCGGGCCAUACUUCAUAUGAGCUUUAUGAAGCAGUGUUAAAUCAGCUCCAGACACUACCAAAGCUCGAUAUGUCCUAUAUUCGGUUCGAUUAUCACCAAUGAGGUGCAGAGCAACGACCUUUCCAGAGGAUUGCCAGUAGGCUCUUGUUAUCGCACGCAGCACCUUCCAUCUAGCACGCCC